AUGGCAACCACGGUCAAAUCCUGGUCACACGUCCUGCUAGAUAUCGCCGCAGGUAUAGCCCUUCAUCUUCUCGUCCUUCGACAUGGGGAAUGGGAUUUCGUCCUACCAGUCAUGGUUGUCAAGCUGAUUGGUGUCUGCGUGCCGCUUUUGGCCAUCGGGGCACUGUUGUUUCAUAAUCGAAUCGAUAUCUUUUGGCCCUGGCUAUCAGCAGUAAGCCUGCGUGCGUUGAGAGUCACUGGGAGCCUCUGCAUGAGCAUUCUGAUAUACCGAUGGAAAUUUCAUCGGCUUCGGCGGUUCCCAGGACCCCUUGGGUCCCGGUUGUCGACCGCAUACAUCAUGUGGAAAUCUGGGACAAGUAGCAAUGCCUUCGAGAUGGUCGCGGAGUACCACGAACAGUAUGGGGACUUCGUGCGAGUGGGCCCAGCGGAAUUGUCAAUCAAACAUCCGGAUGCUAUCGCUGCCAUCCACUCCUCCAAGUCGUCAUGUAUCAAGAGUCCGUGGUAUGAUAUAUUGCGGCCGCAUCGGUCCGUGUUUGGGACGCGGGAUCGAGCAGAACAUCAACGUCGCAGACGUGUAUGGGAUCAUGCGUUUCGACCUGCCGCUCUAAAGGAAUAUGAACCCUCCAUGCGAGCCUGCGUGAACCAGCUAGUCGAGAAAGUCAGCAAAAAUGCAGCAUCAGGUACUCCUAUCAAUAUGACCGAGUGGUUUGGGUGUCUCAUGUUUGAUAUCAUCGGUGAACUGGCGUUUGGGGAAACGUUCGGCACUCUUGCCAACGAAAAGCCACAUUACAUGAUGCAAUAUCUACACGACUCAAAUGUAUCCACCGGAAUCAUGAUUCGCGCGGUGUGGAUUAUCAUGGUUUUCCGGACCAUACCAAUCAUCAAUAGAGGAUUGCAGCAAUUCUUAGAUUUCUCUGAGACAGCAAUGGAAAAGAGACUGAAGGUUCCUUCCCCGAGAACUGAUCAACCGCGAGACGUCUUUGCUUGGCUUUGGGACGACUUUUCUGCUAAAUCACCUCAGACGAUAGAAGCUAGGCAGAACCUGAUCGCUGAUGCUUCGUUAUCCGUGUUUGCUGGGAGGUACAGUGGAGCUCGAACACCCCGAUUUAAUCGCUUUUGUGCGUGGGAUUCUAAUCUUUUUGGUGACAAUAGUGACACCGUGGCCAUCACGAUGACGGGAAUCUUGUACUAUCUUAUGCGUUACCCAGACUACCAAAGGCGGCUACAGGAGGAAUUUGACCAGGCAGAAGACAGCCACGAUGGAUCGGACGUUCCGGACCUUGUCAAGUUACCGCUUUUCAACGGCAUCAUCAACGAGUCACUGCGGCUUCACUAUGCCGGCCCGUCUGGGUUUCCCAGAAUCACACCACCCGAGGGGAUACGGGUAGGAGAAACAUUCAUUCCCGGCAAUGUUAAUGUCAAGGUCCCUUUCUAUGCCGUAUUUCGGGAUGAGCGGAAUUUCAAGCACCCCGACGAGUUCAUUCCAGAACGAUGGUACAGCCGUCGCGACUUGAUUCACCAUCCAGAGGUUUUCGUGCCUUUCCUGAUGGGGCCAUACAAUUGUGUUGGUAAGAAUGCUGCUCUCAUGCAGAUUAGAUGGACCAUGUAUUCGCUUUUCAGCCGGUUUGAGGCACAACCGUUGGACAAGGACCAGCUCCAGAAAUACUGGUACCAGCGCGCUGAUGGCUUUAGUAUGGGGCUUGGGCCUCUCUGGACUAGAUUCAAGGAACGGCCAGAACAACGGAGCUCCACAAGUCACUGA